AAGAGCGAGUAAAUAGACUCCUACCCACUCAUUCAUUCAAUCAUACCCUUUCCACCUUCUCUCCCCACCACUCCCAAACUGUUGCCCCCACCCUGGUUUUUUCAUCCCGCACCGUCCCUUUAGCAUCCCUCCCAACCAAAUCCCCUCAAAACCAAAACAAAAGAAAACAGACAAAGAGAAAAAAAAGUGAGGGAAUAAAUAAGCUCUUAUUUCAUAUUAUAUACGAAGCCAUCAUCGUAACUUCAAUCCUCUACUGCUUCCUCUUCUUCUUCGGCGCAUGUACAGGGCCCCUUUUUGGCUCCGGAGAUCGGAAAAUGUCGGCGCAAAUCACCACCGAGCAUGUUUGCUACGUCCACUGUAACUUCUGCAAUACCAUCCUCGCGGUUAGUGUCCCAGGCAACAAUUUGCUCAACGUUGUAACUGUCAGAUGCGGGCAUUGUACUAAUCUGCUGUAUGUAAACAUGAGUGGUUUGCUUCAAACAGUCCCUCUUCAAGAAAUUCAGGCUCACAAUGUGGGGUCCGAAGAUCAUCGUGUGGAGUGUGGAUCAUCAUCCAAAUGCAGCAGGACUUCUCUAAUGUACUCAAUGCUGAAUGAUCAACAGCAAACGCUACCAAUACGUCCCCCGGAGAAGAGACAGCGUGUUCCUUCUGCAUACAAUAGGUUUAUCAAAGAAGAGAUACAAAGGAUAAAGGCUAACAAUCCAGACAUUAGCCAUAGGGAAGCUUUCAGCACUGCAGCAAAGAAUUGGGCACAUUUUCCUCACAUCCAUUUUGGGCUGAAUCUCAAUGGUAAUAAACAAGUAAAGCUUGAUGAUGCUAUUGCUGCACCAGGUGGCCAAAAACCUCAGCGUUUCUAUUGAGAAGCUUAUAUUGCCAUGAGGUUCUGCUAUAUUUAUUUUUGAACUUUACAAGUCAAAGUAUGAGGUUGUAAUCCUAAGAUCACUAUAUUAAUGGUCCUGUAUACUAGAAUUUAUUUGUGGAAAGAGGAUAAUGUUUAAGCACUUGGUGAUUGGAUGUGUAGUAAGUUCAAA